UCUAGAUUGAGAGGAAACUCUCUACAACACUUACAGAGAUGCUUACGUCCACCAGAGCAACGAGUCUUCAUCUAUCUCAGAAAUCCAUUUCUGAAAAAGGAGGAACUGCACGGUUUAGAAUCGUAGUUAUGGGAGCAGCUGCCGUGGGUAAAAGUUCUAUCAUCUCACAAUUUCUUUACGAGAGAUUCGUCAGUGAAUAUAAAGAAACAAUUGAAGAACUACAUAGAGGAGAGUACAGUGUGAAAGGCACGCAGCUUGUUUUAGACAUUUUAGAUACUGCCGGUGCUCAUUCGUUUCCUGCCAUGAGAAAGUUAGCCAUAGCCACGAGCAAUGCCUUCAUACUAGUGUACUCGGUCAACGAUGCUACCUCCUUUGAUGAAGUAAAGGCCAUGAGAGAACAGAUUAUUGCCGAGCGAGACGAUGAAAAUGUCCCAAUUGUGAUCGUGGCAAAUAAAACAGACGUAUUAGAAGAAAAACGAACAAUUAGUCGAGAAACGGCGGAAGCGCUUGUGUCUGUGGAGUGGGGUAACGGAUAUAUCGAGGCUUCGGCCAAAGACAAUAUCAACAUUGUAGGCAUUUUCAAGGAAAUUUUAAGACAAUCUAAGUUCCAAUACUCUCUGAGUCCUGCUGUUAAGAGGAGGCGAAUUUCAAUGCCAGCCAUUCUGUUUAGCAAAAAGAAGGCACCAACACAACCCAAGAGACACAGUUGUUCGCUUAAUUAAUAUAAACACUUGAAACUUUCCCAGGCGACUACAAAAAAUCUUGUGCUGUAUUCCGUGCUGUGUAACAGUACAAACAAACAGUGUCCAAAAACAUUAGUUUUUUAUGCAAAUAUGUGACUAUUUUGUGAUUGUGAAUAUUGAACGAUAUCAAUAUGUUU